AAAGAUAACUUUUUCUUCGGAGCACGUACGCAAUGAGUCACCCCGCGGUCGUACCGUAGUAUCGUCCAAAUGAGGUUUCCUCUUUUUUUCUCUGAAAUCUUGCGAAGCAUUGUUGUAUUCUUGAAGGAAAGAAAACCGCUCGCGCUUCAAAAUUCAACGCAAUUUAUUCGAAAAUGUUAAGAAUAGUCGCUGAACGAUGAUUGCUUAUAAACAGAUGUAUUUGUAGAUGAGCCCUCAAGCUUUUUUCACAAGACGUCCAACUUUCUACGUUACUUCGAUUUAAUAAUACAGGUCGAGAAUAGAAAGCUAAUAUUAAUUUGGUCGAGCCGCUAUGAAGGAACCUUGCGAAGUGGCACUGCGCCGUUCGCUAGCGUCCUCUAACGGUAUCUCGCGCUGAUAGCACACACGUGCAUUAGUAUGCGUGUGUGAGCGCGAGAGUGGCAGCGUAAAGGUGAGAGAGCGCUUCAAGAUGGCGUCUAGCGCCAGUGGCACUUGGUAGUAACAGCAACUGUCAGUGAAAACGCGUUUAUUCUGGUCUCCCGUUGUGCGGUGUGUUUGUGGGAGGAUACGCCGAAGCGACAUCAUCAAUUCCCAAUCAUGAUGACAACUCGGCAGCCUGGCUGACAGUUCUUUCUUUCUCAUUCAUCGACCUCCUCGACCGGCAGCUAUCAAGGUACAAGAAAAAAAAACUAAGCGAGCAGAGAUAAAAAGAUAGAGUGAGAGAGAGCUAAGCGAUACAAAAGUUCUGCGUGAGAUAUGGAGGCAGUAGUUGAGUACAACUACGAGGCUCAGGAACCUGACGAGCUCAGUAUCCGUAAAGGUGAUAUUAUUAAGGAUAUCAAAACAUCCAAUGGUGGUUGGUGGGAAGGUACACUGAGAGACAAGAGAGGCAUGUUUCCUGACAACUUCGUCAAGGUUUUAGAUCCAUCGGGAUCAACAAGAAACAAGAACGACGAAGUGACUUUGAGAAACAAUGCCGGAAGGAAAAUCUGUCGAGUGUUGUUCAGUUACGAACCGUGCAACGACGAUGAGCUCAAGCUCGUGGUAGAUGACAACAUCGAGUAUCUUGGUGAAGUGGAAGAAGGCUGGUGGCGAGGGAGAAUCAAAGGUAGAACUGGUGUAUUUCCUUCAAAUUUUGUUGCUCCACCGGUGCCCGAAGAAGCCGAAAGGCAGCACAAGGAAAAAAAGGAAUUUUGUAAGGUGUUGUUUCCUUAUGAGGCGGCCAAUGAUGACGAACUAACAAUUGUCGAGGGCGAUAUCAUUACACUGCUCUCCAAGGAUGCUCCAGAUAAAGGAUGGUGGAAGGGUGAACUGAAAGGCCAGAUAGGUUUGUUUCCUGACAAUUUUGUGGAGCUGAUAACUCUGAGAAACAAUGACCAUCAAGAUGGUCAGGUAAAUAAUCAUGCAACCAAAUCAUCACUUACCAAGAAUCAAGUUGUCAAGAAAAAAGAGACUGCCGUUAUUCGCAAGAGUCUGGAUAUCAGAAACAACACGCGAAUUGACAACACGGUCAAGAAAAUUACCAUGUCAUCCUCGGCUACAUCUUUGUCUGCUAAUACAGGAGAUAAGAAACCAACCAAUGCCCUGAUUUCUAGUUUCAAACGUUUUAUGAGUGACAGUGGCAAUAGUGCUAUUAAUAAUAAUGGUAAUGGUAAUGCUGGUACAGCACUGGGAGAAGAGCUUGAUGAAGUUGAAAGAGGCGAAGGAGCUCCUCUUUCGCAUCUCACUGCAUCAAGGGCCAAAGCUCCAAGGAGACGAUUGCCUUCCACACAUGCACUCAAGCAACAAAACUCUACUGGCGGUUCAAGCCCAACUAAUAAUAAUAUGGUUACAUUAAAGGAAGAUAAUAUGACUAAUGGAAGUUCGGAACUUUUGGAAGCUCCUGCUAAAGAUGAUGAAAAUGAUGGGAAUUUAAUGUCCAAAUCAAAACAGAAACCUCCAUGGAUGGAGGAACUCAAGUUGAACCAAAUGGAACGGCACAGAAAAGGUACAGACCGAUCUGAAAAAGUAGAGAAAAAAGAAAAAGUACUACCAUGGAUGUCUUCAUCUAUGCACAAUACAGAAGUUCCACCAAAAUCAAGCACAGACUUAGAGGAAACCAAGGUAAAAGACAAAGUGAAAGAAAAGGAAAAGGAAAAAUCCGAUCGAACAGAGCCUUCGCCACAAUCGGAUCAUUCUGCCUCAUCACCUUCAUCAGUAAACUUACCUGCCUAUGUUCCAUAUUACCUAUAUAGUCAACUAUUAGAUAGGAUCGCUAUAUUGGAAGAGAAGCAGACCGUAUUACAGAGAAAAGUUGAUCAACUUACGGAUCAACUUGCAAAUGCGGCAAGUGAUAAAGAUUAAUUUCUACAAAACUUAAAGAGACUUGUUUUUUGCAUUUCUUAGAACUUAUGAUAAUGUUUCGACUGAAACGCGUUUUUUUUUUUAUUUUGUUCCGUUCGCGAAAACCACAACGACAUUACACAUUCCACUGGAAACAUUCGUAGGCCUAUUGCCAUGUGUAUGGUUGAUGUUUUGUCUUUUUAGUUUUAAAGCGAGUUUGCUCAAACUAGUGUCUUAUGUACUUAAAAAAAACUAAAGAACCGUGGCUGAGUAGAAUAAUGCCUGGCAAAAAAAUUUUUUUAAUCUAUAUAGGAAUAAUGGAGCUUAAAAGUAACGAUUCGAUUGUGCCAAUUAUUUUAUCAUCAUUAACUGUCUGAGCAUUUAUUACAGUAAACUUAAUCAGUGAUUAGAUUAGACAAUUACGAUUUCAGUUGUAUAUUACAGAUUUUUUUCCUUGUUUUAAACGAAACGUACCAAGAGUUUUUAAAGAGAUAUUUUUCAAGGAAUGAUUUUUAUUUAUUAAAUUUACAUGUUAUAAAAUUAACUCGUGGAAUAGAUAAAAUAAUGAUUUUUUUUGCUUACAAAAAUGCUUUGUACUUUAAUAGGCGAUUGUAUACUUAUAACAAAUUAUUUAAAAAAAUGCGUUAGCAUGUAUUGCGAGCUUUAUCGUAGUGUAAAAUCAACCGUACUACAUUGAUGAAGAAUAGAGGCAAAAAAUGAAAAGAUAGAUACAAGUUGGAUUUCGAGACUCAUGAUUUUUGACUUCAGAUAGUACUUUAUAAAUCUUGAUCCUCUCGAGAUAAUCAAAAGAAAUGACACUGCAGCAUAGUACCAGGGGAUUGUUUUUUCCGACCAAAUCUCGUUGUCAGCGUAGCUUGAUAACGAUGAUUUUUGUAUUUUUAUAUGUGUGAAACUAAUUAGCCGCGAGUGCACUGAAACAGUCGAAAAGACCGCUGUAUACAACAAAAACCGAAUGCAUUUAUUCGUUUGUUGUUGGGGAAAAAAGGAGAUUAAAAGAAUAAAACAGCCGCAAAAUUCUGGAAAUUUUUUCACAAUUUUUAUUUUCGUGAGAUGAUAUAUAAAUAUAUAAUAUAUAUAUUUUGGAAAAAUUUCCACGCAGCGUCCAGGCUUUUUCGUUGAUGCUUCCGAUAGUCGCUGUAAGAUAUUUGCAUAAUCACCGACAGUAUUGUAAAUCGAGGAGAGAGAUAGAGCGCGCGCGCGAGAGAGAGAGAGAGAGAGCGAGAGAGAGCGAGAGAGAGCAUCACGUUCUAUAUUGAUAUAAUGAAAAUAACAUAAGUGUCCUAUUUGUAAAACUGAACGAGAAAAAUAAUGUAUAAGAGGAGAAGAAAAAGAUAAUUGCAUGUAAAUAAUUUUCCGGCGCAAGAUUAGAGCAAAGAAAUAGGAGAGAGAAUGAGAGAGAUGAUUAUAUAUUUUCUCUUGCUUUUUCGUGAUGAUGUCACGUCCUAGAGAUGUGACACAAACAUGUAAUUCGUAUUUGUAAAUAUUAAUAAUUCAUUGGAAUAAACAAUAUACAUUUUCUUUAUGUGUAUCUUAAUAUUAAUG